UGAAAGCAACGAUAUAUUUCAUAAGCCAAAGGGAUACAACGGGUAAGCUGGUCUGGGAAUACCAACACCGAAGCUCAAUGAAGUACGAGCUCCUAGCAUAUGUAGAACAUCGAACUAGUUUAGUAUAGCUAUCUUUCAGCUUUGAACUGCCCACCUGCAUCUAAGUCGAAGGUCUGCUACCUAAGCUGUUGAAUAUGGGGAAAGUAGUAGAAGAACACAUUGAAGCUCGUGUCAAACAACUCCUAUCUCGUAUGACUUUGAAAGAAAAGGUUGGCCAGAUGACCCAAAUUGAGCGCCAGGUCGCCACUCCAGCUGCCAUUAGAGACCACUCCAUAGGGAGUAUAUUCAGUGGUCUGGGCAACGUGCCCUGUGAAAAGGCUUUGCCGUCAGAGUGGGCGGAUAUGGUGGAUGAGCUUCAGAGGUCUGCGCUAACGUCGCGGCUUGGGAUUCCCCUCAUAUAUGGGACUGAUGCGGUUCAUGGCAACGGUAAUUCUUAUGGUGCUACUAUAUUCCCUCACAACGUUGGCCUUGGCGCCACCAGAGAUGCAGAUUUGGCACGAAGGAUUGGUGUGGCAACUGCUCUUGAAACCAGGGCUUGUGGUUUUCACUAUACUUUCGCUCCCUGUGUGGCUGUAGGCAAGGAUCCGAGAUGGGGAAGAUGCUACGAGAGUUACAGUGAAGAUACUGAAAUUGUAAGCAAGAUGACGUCUAUUGUUUCAGGCUUGCAGGGGCAACCUCCCCAAGGACAUCCGAAGGGCUACCCUUUUAUGGCGGGAAGCAACAACACUAUUGCAUCUGCCAAGCAUUUUGUUGGAGAAGGGGGCACAGACAAAGGUGUAAAUGAGGGGAAUGCUGUAUUAUCUUAUGACGAUUUAGAGAGGAUUCAUAUGAAACCUUAUCUGGACUGUAUUUCUCAAGGAGUUUGUACUAUUAUGGCUUCCUAUAACAGCUGGAAUGGAGAUAGAGUACAUGGUCACCGUUUUCUCCUUACAGAAAUCUUGAAAGAUAAGAUAGGUUUUAAGGGAAUUUUGAUUUCUGACUGGGAAGGAAUUGACCAACUUUGCGAACCUGAAGGUUCAGACUAUCGUUUAUGCAUUUCCUUAGCCAUUAAUGCAGGAAUAGACAUGGUCAUGGUGCCUUUCAGAUAUGAAAAAUUCAUCGAGGAAUUAAUAUAUCUUGUGGAAUCCAGGGAGGUACCAAUGUCUAGGAUAGAUGAUGCUGUUGCAAGAAUACUGAGAGUGAAGUUUGUUGCUGGUGUUUUCGAACAUCCCUUUGCUGAUAAAUCUUUACAGGACGUAGUUGGUUGCAAGCUGCACAGAGAUCUAGCACGUGAAGCAGUUCGCAGGUCAUUGGUUCUAUUGAAGAAUGGAAAGGACCCAAUGAAACCUUUUCUUCCAUUAGACAGAAAUGCUAAAAGAAUACUUGUUGCUGGAACUCAUGCCGAUGAUCUUGGAAAUCAAUGUGGAGGAUGGACGGCUACAAAAUAUGGUAGCAGCGGCCAGAUAACAAUCGGGACAACCAUCUUGGAAGCUAUUAAGAUGGCAGUUGGAGAUGAUACAGAAAUAAUUUACGAGAAAUAUUCGUCAGCAGACACCCUAGCACGUCAAGAUAUCUCUUUUGCGAUUGUGGUCGUUGGUGAAGCUCCGUAUGCAGAAUGCAGGGGUUAUAGUUCAGAGCUUGUGAUCCCGUUCAAUGGAACUGAUGUCAUAAGCUCGAUUGCUGACAGAAUUCCCGUCUUGGCGAUUCUAAUUUCUGGAAGACCCCUAGUUUUAGAGCCCUGGCUCUUGGAAAAGAUGGAUGCUCUUGUUGCUGCUUGGCUCCCUGGUACUGAAGGAGAGGGAAUUGCAGAUGCAAUCUUUGGAGAUUUUGACUUCGAGGGUAGACUCCCGGUGACAUGGUUUAAAAGGGUUGAACAACUGCCUAUGCAUGCUGCAGACCCUUUAUAUCCUCUUGGCUUUGGGAUGGCAUACAAUAAGGUGUAAGCUUUGCACCAAAGAAUUUGAAGAUAAUGUUGUUUUAUUGUUUGAAUCUGAGUUUAUUGCACCGGUUUUUGCGUAACAUUUAUUCAUGAAUGCACCCUCUUUUAUGCCAA